AUGAGCAGCGGGGCGGCGUCCGGGACAGGGCGGGGGCGGCCCCGGGGCGGGGUGCCGGGACCCGGGGACCCCCCACCCAGCGAGACACACAAGCUGGUGGUCGUGGGCGGCGGCGGCGUGGGCAAGAGCGCGCUGACCAUCCAGUUCAUCCAGUCCUACUUCGUGUCUGACUACGACCCCACUAUUGAAGACUCCUACACGAAGAUCUGCACUGUGGAUGGAGUGCCAGCCCGGCUAGACAUCCUGGACACUGCUGGCCAGGAGGAGUUUGGUGCCAUGCGGGAACAGUACAUGCGUGCAGGCCACGGCUUCCUGCUGGUGUUUGCCAUUAAUGACAGGCAGAGUUUCAACGAAGUGGGCAAGCUUUUCACACAGAUCCUUCGAGUCAAGGACCGAGACGACUUCCCCAUCGUGUUGGUUGGCAACAAGGCAGAUCUGGAAACACAGCGCCAGGUCCCCCGAUCUGAAGCCUCCACCUUCAGUGCCUCCCACCACGUGGCCUACUUCGAAGCUUCCGCCAAACUGCGCCUCAAUGUGGAUGAGGCCUUCGAGCAGCUGGUGCGGGCCGUCCGGAAGUACCAGGAACAAGAGCUCCCGCCCUCCCCGCCCAGCGCCCCCAGGAAGAAGGCCAGAGGCUGCCCCUGUGUCCUCCUGUAG